CAGAAAUUUGGAUUAGUUCGUAGCUACUAGUGGAACGACGGCACCGGGAAGUUGACAUUUCAAAUAUGUCGCUACAGACGGUUCCAUAAGUACUCCUCCCUCCCUCGAGAAGUAGAGAUCUGAUAAAACGCCCGCACGACACUCCUCCUCCCUUUGUUGGUGACGGAGCCCCCAAAGCGCCGCCUACCGGUAGAUACGCUCCGCAUUUUCCGUCACCUGAAUCGAGAGGAGAUGCAGAGCGCAGCAAUCUCGUUUCCUCUUCCAACGAAGCACCAUGGCUCGCCCUUGCUCCGCUUCCAUCUUAUUUCUCUCCCUCCAACCAGGACACAGCCGCAACCUUUGCGCAUUUCCUUCUACAACGGCGCCGCCUCUUCUCGGAGGCUUAAUCUCACCCAGUGCUCUCCCGAUUCUACCUCCUCCGUGCCGCCGAAACUGAGCCCAAACGGGUGGAUUUCGACCCCUCUCCCCGCUCCCCAGCACGAAUCCGGUGGUGUUCGGGUCCACGCUGCAUCUGGGACUGACAGCGCCGGAGAGGCCCCGCAGUCUAAAGGAUUGACUGACACUCUCGUGCUUGGAUCGCUGUUUGGGCUCUGGUACCUGUUUAACAUCUACUUCAAUAUCUACAAUAAACAGGUCCUGAAACCCUUCCAUUACCCAGUAACAGUUACUCUUGUUCAAUUUGCUGUUGGCUCAGUCCUUGUAACUCUCAUGUGGAGUUUGAAUCUUUAUAAACGACCUAAAAUAAGUGGCGCACAGCUUGCAGCAAUCUUUCCAUUGGCAGUGGUGCAUACUUUAGGAAACCUUUUUACCAAUAUGAGUCUUGGAAAAGUUGCUGUGUCUUUCACCCAUACAAUUAAAGCUAUGGAGCCCUUCUUCUCUGUUGUUCUCUCAGCUAUGUUUCUAGGCGAGUUCCCUACCCUUUGGGUUGUGUCUUCGCUCGUUCCAAUUGUUGGUGGAGUGGCACUGGCGUCAAUGACUGAGCCCUCUUUUAAUUGGGCUGGAUUUUGGAGUGCCAUGGCAUCUAAUUUGACCAACCAAUCUCGUAAUGUUCUCAGCAAAAAGUUUAUGAUUAAGAAAGAGGAUUCAUUGGACAACAUUACUCUCUUCUCAAUAAUUACAAUCAUGUCUUUUUUCUUGUUGGCUCCUUUUACUCUGUACAUGGAAGGAGUCAAGUUCACACCUGCAUACCUGCAAUCUGCUGGAUUGAAUGUCAAUCAGAUUUACACUAGGUCUCUUAUUGCGGCUCUCUGCUUCCAUGCAUAUCAACAGGUUUCUUACAUGAUAUUGCAGAGAGUGUCUCCUAUCACCCAUUCUGUCGGUAACUGUGUAAAGCGAGUGGUGGUUAUUGUUACGUCUGUUCUCUUCUUCCGUACCCCUGUAACAGCAAUCAAUGCUCUUGGAACUGGGGUCGCCCUUGCUGGAGUUUUCCUGUAUUCAAGGGUUAAACGCAUCAAGCCUAAGCCCAAAACAGCCUGAAUAAACUGUUAUGGUUUAUUUUAUUGGGGUGAAGCAAGGUCAGGGUCCUGGUCGCAAUUUUCCUGUUCCAUUAUCAUCAUGAUACUCUUUUUUAUCGUUUAGCUUUUUACCAUAUAUAGCUGUAAGAAUUGGCCAAAAAGAAACUUGAUAAUUGCUCAUAUCAAACUUCCUGCAGUUGCGAGUUUGACGGCAAGGCCUCAUAAACUUGUAGAUGUAGUCUGUCCAAGUGUCGGUAUCAAAUGAAAGUAAUGCUCGGUUAUAAACAGUACCUUCCG